GGGCUGCGCUUGCGGAGCGGAGCGGAGGCUGCGUCCCAGCCGCGGUCCCAGCGGCCGGCGGGACUCUCCGGGCUGCCCCGGCGAUACUUCCAGCCGGGAGCGGGCGCUGCCGCCGGAGCGGUGCGAGAAGGGCCCUGGGAGCUUUGCGGAGCCGUGGGACGCUGCCUUGCCUUGCAGAGCCCACUCCUCAUGAACGUGGUGAUGAGGGGGAGCCUUCCUGCUCUUUGCUGGACGCGGUGCCCUCUUGUGCGUGGACCGUGGCCCCCCACUCCGAGGCUGGGACCCCCAGCUGCCUCCUGGAGCAUGACGGCAUAGCUGGGCUUGCGCUGGCCCCCGCCAGUGCCGCGGGACGACCUGCGCAGUCGGCCAGUGCUCUGUUGCCUGACCCUCAUCCUCCUGCCCGCUGAGAGGAUACAGCUGAAUGAAGGCUAAGGAUGUGCUAUGGAGCCGGGAUUAAACUGCUCUGACCUAUGCGAUGGCAACUCCAGUUUUGGCAGCCAGGAGCAGCAGCAAAGGACCCUGCAGGAGCUCUGCACCGUAACAGUCACAUCCUCUGACCGCAGUGGAAAGAGCUCCCCAUCCUUCUCUGCUGCUCUCUUGGGAGUUGUGUGGACAUUCCUGACAGGAGGAAUCCUGCUAGCCCUCUUCUUUCUCGUCUUCACAAUUCGCUUCAGGAAAAACAGGAUUGUGAAGAUGUCCAGCCCCAAUCUGAACAUUGUGACCCUGCUGGGCAGUGGCUUGACUUACUCUAGCGCUUACCUCUUUGGGAUUCAGGAGCAGAGCCUGCUGUCUGGAGACUCGGUGGAAAUACUUAUUCAGGUGCGGCUCUGCUUGCUCUGCAUCGGGAGCUCCCUGGUGUUUGGGCCUGUCCUGGGCAAAAGCUGGCGGCUCUACAAGGUGUUCACCCAGCGGGUGCCAGACAAGCGGGUGAUUAUCAAAGACCUCCAGUUGCUGGCGAUGGUGGCAGCGCUGGUGCUGGCGGAUGCGGUGCUGCUCUUAACAUGGGUAUUCUCUGAUCCGAUCCAGUGUUUCCGAAGCCUCAGCAUCUCACUGCGGGUGACAGAGAGGGGCAUGAUCUGUUCAGUGAGCCGGAUGCAGUCCUGCGCCUCUCUUUACUCUGAUCUUUGGCUCAUUCUCAUUUUAGGGUUUAAGAGUAUCCUGUUGCUGUAUGGGACGUACUUGGCCGGUCUGACCAACAAUGUCAGCUCUCCACCAGUCAACCAGUCCUUGACGCUCAUCGUUGGGGUCAACCUCAUUUUCCUGGUUGCUGGGACUGUCCUCUUAGUUCAUCGUUUCUUCCACGCUUCGCACAACUUGCUGUUUGGUUUCACCUCUGGAGGCAUCUUUGUGUGUACAACGACAAUCAAUUGUUUCAUUUUUGUCCCACAGCUCCAGCAGUGGAAAGCCUUUGAAGAGGAAAACCAAACUGUGAGCCACAUGGCCAAGUAUUUCACCACCCCAAGCCGGAGCUGCCAUUCGGCAUGCAGCGCAGAGCAGCUCUGCCAGCUGAUGGGGGAGAAGAGCUCCAUGCAGCGGCUGCUCUCGGAGAAAAACGCCGUGAUCGAAAGCCUCCAGGAGCAGGUGAACAACGCCAAAGAGAAGCUGAUGAGGCUGAUGGCUGCGGAGUGUGGCUGCAGUCCUGUGGCUGGGGUGGUUCCAUGUGCCACCUUCCCCUCCUGGUCCCAGAGCGCAGGGGAGCAUGGCAAGCAGCAUGGCAGCACCACAGCAGGCGACAGGGUGCCUCUGGAGCACUGCCCCACUGAGCAGAAUGGGUGGCAGUCCCCCAGUUUACUGAGUGCACAAUGCAAUCCAGUGCCUCAUAGCAAACUCGAGUGCAAUGCUGAUGUUGAGGACCUCCAGAAAUACGUGAGCCAUGAGCAUGUGCUGCUUGAGGAACCUACUUGUUCUCAGAUGCUGCUUUUUGACACUGGGGAGGACUUCCUUGAGUGCAGCCCCAAAGGUACUCAGGAGCGAAGGAUGUCCGCAAGGACCAGGCACCCUUCGCAGCAGCUGCUGGGCCAGGAGUUCUCAGCUGCUGGCAGGGAAGCAGAGCCCCAGGGAAGUGGUGGGGUGACCAGGGCACAGUCUGCCAGGGUCAGCUAUGUAAGCAGUGAAAAGCUGCAGGAAAUCUUGCAAGAGCUGAGCCUGGAUGGCAAAAUUAACAGCCCGGCCUCACCUUGGGGGCCCCUGCGAGGCAGCCAGGGCCCUCCAUGUGAGAGGAAUGGGCCAUGGAGAGCCCAGGGAAACUAUCCAGACACCUGCACUCCCCUCAGCCUCCACCAGAUGAGGCAGCGAAGGAGGAUCCCUCUGCCUCCCCCUUCUACCUGCUUCCCUGGUUCUGUGUCCCCGCAUACUUGGUGUGUCAUGAACAAGGCAGUCAGCAGGAUGUGUGGUGGACUAAGCACUUGGAGCCGUGAGGAGUCAACACAUGUCUCUCUGGAGGAAGGAGGUGAUACUGGUGGCAGAAGGCUCCUUUACCAGCUGGUGCCAUCCACUUCAGCCAUCAGCACCGAGCUUUGCCUCCAGCCAGAACAGCAGGGCUGGCCUGAGCCCCAAAUCCGGGAGGUGAGCAGUGCAAUUUCAGCAGUAUGUCCAGGCGUUGGCCAAGAGCGGACCCACGAUGCCUUCCUGCAUCUCCUCCCACCACAGCGGGAUGCUCUACAGGUGCCAGCACAGCCCUUCCCGCACUCGCUGUGCUAUUACCCGGACUCUGACUCCAGCAGCAGCUCUGAGGAGAUGUUUCACUGCUGCCACCGGCCCUACUGUGAGCUCUGCUUCCAAGGCCCACUCGACUCCCUUGACAGCAGUAGCACAGACAUGGACACAGAGCCAGGUGGGUCUGCGGGCCGCUGGGCAGAGCAUCGCGGCAGGCCUCAGCCCAUAGUGAAUUUCAAAGAAGAUCUGAAACCCACCUUUGUGUGACUGUAACCACCCUACCCCCAAAGGCAAGUGCCACCCUCCCCUCCCAAAACACCCUGUGUUUUAAACAAUACAAAAGAAAUACAUCCCUUCGAGGGAAGUGUGUUGUGCUGGGAUCUAGGCGUAGGAAUCUCUAGGUUGUUAUUUGAGACCCAGCCUCAGUCAGCAGUGACUGCAGAUUGCGUUUGUCCAAUAAUAGGUUAGCAGCACUUUGAGAACAUGGCUGGUGAUUUUGUCCUGGUCACUCUGAACAGCUGCCGGCAUCCCACAGACACCCAGCCAUUCCCAGACCUGGUGUCAGCCACCCCAGCAGAAAGGAGAGGGACUGGGCAGACCAUAGCUGGACUUCCUCUCCGUCUUGGAGGGAUCCCCUGUGGGUGCUGUGUGAUUCACGCCCACAAGGAGCAGCACUGCAGCUUGGAAACUUGUUUCCUUGCUGUGCUUAGCAGACAGAGGACUUCUGUCCCCCAAGGCUGUCACUGUAGAGCCUCCCACCAGCACUACAUCCAGCUGGAGGUUGGAACAAGCAGACUCCAGGAGAGCCUGCAGUCUGCCGCUUGCCUGGGAUGUGCUGGUCUCUCAGCAGAGGAAGGACCUCUGAGUGGGUAGCACAUGCAAGACUUUCUUUGUGGUUUUUUUUUUUUUUUCAUUUUGCAGUAUCUGAGCAAGAAAAUGGAGUCCAAAGUUGACUUCUCUGGAGGUGACUUUACAUUUUGUGUAGUUCAGUCACACAGUGGUAGGUUAGACUCAGGGCAGAGCUGAAGGGAAAGAAAAGCUAACAAUCUGAAAAGAGGGUUUGCAAAUGGUUUUUUUUCUGUUUGUUUGUUUGUUUUGCUUUGUUUUUCUGGGGCUUGUGCCCUUCUGUAUGUCUUUGUGGUGAAUGAAGUAGUCUGGAAUGAUUUAGGUUGGUUUAAUAUGGUCUGUUCUACUUUUAUCUUGGAAAUAUCAAGAAUAGUAAAUAUGGUGUGCCUGCUUUUGCUGGA